UGUUUUCCACUUUUUUUUCCCCUAGCAGCGCUACCGCGAGAGAGAGAGAGAGCCAGUUCCUCCCCCCUCGACGUUACUCUUCCCUCUUCACUUUUUAGUGCCGCCCUGCUCUCUCGUUGCGCGCUACUCUUUCUCUAUCUGUCUCUAUCUUCCUCCCGUUCCAUUCUUCACGUCGCGAACACCCGCGGUCCCUCCCUCGCUUCCUCCCCGCAGCCUGCAGCCCCCCCUCUCUCUCUCUCUCCUACUUCGUCUUUGCCUCGAAAUGUGGCAUUCAACAGGGCUUCCACGGUUCCACGCUGCUUGCGGUGGUGCGGAAUCCGCGCCGGUUUGCCGCUACGCGCGCGGCUCGGUGCGGGGGGGAUGCAUCGGGGAAAUGAUGCGCAGAUUGGCCGGAUCAUCUCAAAAACCACCACCCUCCCGCCUCCUAGCCCUCCUCUUGCUCCUCUUCCUCCGCCACCUCCUCUUCCUCCACUACCUCUCUCGUCCCCCGGCCCGUGCUCUUCCGCAGGCAGCGCUCCCCCGUUACUCUCUCGCACCCUCGUCGCCGACCGCGACGGUCGCCAAGGGAUGGUGGAAUACAACCCCCACCGCCACCGCCACCGUUACCGCUGCCGCCACCGCACCAUCGUCGAACAACCAUCCCGACUGCCACGCAGCCGUCGACGACGAGUGACUGAGUCCUCCGAUUAUUAUCUCAUUUGCCGCCACGGCCAGCGGCACGCGUCGGCGUCGGACUCCGUGCCGUAUCCUUGGACGAACGAGGAGGGAUCCAUAAAUCGCGUCUUACCAUAGAUCCCGGCUGACCGAUAAAUCGUCGUGCGUAUCAUCGUUUACGAAGCGGCGCCAACUUUGAGGAUCCCGCCGCUCUCGCCGUCGUCGCGCGUACAGCCGGCAAAAUGACGACGACCACGGGCGACCCAUCGACGCUGAAGACUCCGGCUUCCCUUUCGGGCGGAGAUCUCGUUUCUCGUCUACUGGCGGCCACUCCUCCGUAUCUGUACAACGUGCCGCUGACACCUCAUAGCUUCUUCUUCAGCGAAAUGUUACGCUCCUUCGUGCAGGCCAAAGCGGAAGCAUCGUCGGCUGGUGGCGGCGGUGGCGGUGGCGGCAGUGGUGGCGGCGGCGGUACGCCAAACGCGCCGCGACGCCGCAAGCGAUCCUGGCGAGACGCCCGAGACAGGCCUUUGGAGCUCACGACGAAGGAACGGUCGCAUCAUCAUCACCAUCAUUAUCAUCAGCAUUCGGACAAGUACUAUCACUCGACGGCGCAGCAGCAAACGCCUCAGGUACCGUCGGACACUCGUCUGGAGAACGACGUCAAGCGAUCCGACACCUACCUCGACACGAUGGAGAACAAAGUCGGCGCGACAUUCGAUCAGAAACCCAACUUUGGCGGCGACAUCCUUAAACCCAUCGACGAGAACAAGACCGACGUUCCGCGGCACGGUAAUAAGAGUUUCUUCGACGAACGACCGCGGCAUUUGGAGCAGGUCCAGCCGCCGGAGAACGUUUUCCCUGGCGGAGAAACGCGGAAGAUCAAGCCGGAGGAUUCGCAGCAGCAGCAGCAGCAGCAGCACCACCACCAGGUUGACCGCAGCGGAGGUAGAACGUGUACGUUCGACAGCGGCAGGAGUUACGAGGAUCGUUCGAAGAGCAUCGCGCUUGGUCAGGAGGUGUCAUCCCCUCUGCAAGUGUCGGAACAGAAAAAGUUGGACUUGUCGCGGAUAGGCCCCUUCUUGCCCGGCAUGCCGGGCAGAGGAUGCGAGGGCGUCCUUCAGGGCGUGAAAGGCUUCGCUUUGCCCGGCGCCGGAGGCGGCGGCAGCGGCGGCGGCGGCGGCGUGUCCAGCCCGGCGGAAUUUCUACCCGGACCUCUGUGGUACCCACCGUAUCCGAUGCCGCAAUCCUAUCCCGGCAUCGAUCCCCUGCACUUUUUCAUAGACUUGCGCGUCUCUGGCCACAUUUGGGAUCGCAAGCACGCGAGCGAACGGCAGCUAUCCUUCAAGAGCAAACAUUGCUCGGCCUUCAGCGUGCCGCAGUCCAAGGAGUGCGGUAAUCGGCCGUUGAAUCUUACCCGCGACGAAGCCACCACGUCCAAGAAUCCGGACACGGAAAACACGCGGGGUACCAAUUAUAUUUUGAAACACCUCAUGAAAACGUACCAGGACAUUCAGCAGAUCAAGACCUGCAGAACGGACGCGUCGAUGGAGAACGAGGAGACGUCGAAGGAAACGCACCAAGCUGGCGAGGACCCUGCGAAGGUAGAGGAUUCCGGCAGUACGACGACAAAUUCCGAAGAGGAGAGAAAGGAUUUGCGGGCUCUGAUCGGUCUCGAGCUAGUGGUAGACUACGUGAAAGAACCGAAGGACGAUUCGUCGAGCGAGCAAACGUCACGAGUAACGGAAUAAUAACUUAUACCUGUACUCUGUAACCUGAAACGAACGCAAUUUGCAAAGGACGGCGCGCCGCGGACGGUCUUUCCACUUUAAUCACUAAAAUAGUAGUAGUGUUGGUAUUCGCAUUCUCUCGUGUAACACCUUCGAAACUGCACCCGCGAUGAUAUUCUUUCGCCGUAAUAUAGUACCUCAGGCGAAAUAGGACUCGCCGGACUAUGCACAAAACUGGACUUGCUUCGUACGCACGUAACGUGUGUGAUACAUUUCCGUACGACGCCGACGCGACGAUUCGAAAGAUAUUCGCUUUAUGUAAAUUCUAUUCGUGCAAAAACGUCUUUCUUUCUCGUACGAAUAAAUACACUAUUUCUCGUAUUUCUAACAGUGAUUUAUCGCAAUUUAGCGCUAUUUAUUGAAGAUGUUUGUAAAAUUUUCGCGCACUUAUACAUUUUCUCUCAACAUUUAUAGAAUUGUCUUUCCUGAUUUGAUUCCAUUAUACAUUCUAAGCAAUUUAAACAAUCAAAAAAGAAGACGAAGACUACGAAUCACGUCUUGGCGAGAAUGAAAGGGUCGCAUUAAAGAUCUCAUCGGAGUGAACGUCGCUCCGAUGCGACGUCGACAUGUGAUAUGUACUGUAAAUAUUAUAAUAGUAUCCCGAUGUAUCUAUAUGUAUCGAUAGAAAGUACUCGUUGUUGUAAGUUGAACGUAAUAAAAGCAAUACGAUUUAACUGCA